CAUAGCGCGAAUUGAAUCUCAGCAACGGUCAUUUCCUGGGACUUUAAAGAUCCCUAACAAGAGCUGUGCGAUCUGUGAAAUUCGACCUCCGAUGGAUAAUUAGACUUGUUGGAGCUUCGUCCUCGUCGUACUACACGCGAAAGGUGACGUCCCAUUCAUAAAAUGGACGAAAUCGACAAAAGCAAGGAGAACAUCCAACCCCUGCGUCAAGGUCGGAACACAGAACAACUUUGCGAAGCACUUUCAGAAUGCAAGCAACGCAAGCAUAUUGCUCAAAUGCAGCAGUUCGAAAUGAACCUGCGUUCUUACGAAGGCGACGACCCAAUGCAGCCUUGGUUUGAGUAUAUCUCUUGGAUGGAGCAAACAUCAACUGGUCGUGGCAAACAGUUCAGGGAAAUACUCAAGCAAUGCUUGAAAAACUUCAGUGGCGUGGAAUCUUACCUGAAUGAUGACAGACUCGUCGAUUUAUGGCUUAAAUAUCUGAGUGUUCAGCAGAAUAAAAUGGAGCUGUACGAGACCGUUCUGGGCCAUGGGAUUGGCGUUACUUCGGCCACUUUUUACAUUCGUUGGGCGGAGGAUCUGGAGGCCACCGGUGACCUGAGAAGCGCCAACAGAAUCUUGCAAAGAGCAAUCGAAGCCAAUGCUGUCCCCAAAGAGAGCAUCGAGAAGGCCAUCAACAGACUCUGCUUCAGAGCGGCAAAAACUGAACCAGACAACUAUCCGGAGCCAGAUGGCCCUCAACGUGCCGUGUUUGGUACUCUUGAAGCUCGCUCAGACGGACGAGUGGCGGCUGAAAGAGCGCAGGCUCUGCCAUUGGUUCCCAGCAGACAAGUUGUAAAGUCUGUCAGUGAAGAAGCUGUAGCUCCCUUCCUUGUGUUCAGCGGGACCGAAAAUGUCAAACCGAGACGUCAAUUGCUGAGAGAACUGCCCGACGAGAAGGCGAGGGCAGAAAAUGAGGCCGCACCUUCUAAGUGGACUGACGCAGCCAGCGGAAGGGAUGCUAAACCUAUGCUGAGCACACCUUUUGAGGUUCUUGAAGACCCAAUUCCCAGUGUGAUGGCGACACCAAAAAACAAGUUGCCAGUAAAACGGGUGCUUCAGGAGGUGAAGCAUCAAAAGGAGCCUGAAUGGCCUCUGGCAUACUUUGAGCCAGUCAAUGACAAGAUCAAACCCAUGUACUGCAAGGCCAAGGUGUACUGCGGAGGAACAGAAUUCAGUUUCGAAGAGCUGAGAGCUGAGGCGUGGAGAAAACGCAAGAUGUCUGCUCAGCAUAAGAUUGAAGAACCGCCUGUGAAAGUUCAGAGGGUUGAAAUGCUUGUGUUCAAGGCUAUCCAUGAUGGCGAAGAAUUUAGCUGUGAAGAAUUAAGAGCUAAAAAAUAUCUUAACAAGUUGAGAGAAAAAUUGGAAGUCCCAGUUGCACUAUUUGAGCCUGAGAAUCCUAACCAAGUUUGCAUGUAUGACAGGCACAGGGUGUAUGUGGACAACACAGAAUUUAGUCUUGAAGAACUAAGAGCCAGAGAUUGGGUUGCCAGGAGCAAUAACCAAUCAGUUCUUUUCGGCCAGUCCAUGACCGUCCACACAAGAGAAGCACUUGCUGCUGUUGAAGAUUUGUGGAUUUCAAGAAGGGAAACACCUCCCGCUACUCCACCAAAACUGAAUUUUGACAUCUACCAAGACACUCAGAGUGCCCCAAUCUUCAAAGUAUUUUCAGAUCCUCCAAUAAUUCAAGCUCCAGUGUCGGCUCCAUUUCCAAUAUUUACUGAUAAUCAAGAAAAUGUUGCAGGAGAAAAUUCUAAAGCAGCUCCAUUAAAAGUAUUUGCUGAUAAUGAAGGUGUUAAAUACUUUGGAGGUCCUGACCGAAGACCAGUUCUUCAGCCCAGGCUUGAUAUAAUGGUUGGUGAUAUGCACGUCACAGAGGCCACAGAGCAAGCGCCUGAAGAAGAAAGUGACGAAGAGGAAGAAUUUGUGCCUCAGCCCUAUCCCCGCUUGCCAGAGCUUCCUCACGUGCCUCCUCCUGAGCACCGGACCGAAAAUGGCAUUGAAAACGACGAAAACAGGGUGCCUGAGGCAGCCUUUCUCCCUCCCACUGAGAAGGAAAGCAGAGCACCGAAGAAAAGUUUUGGCAUCGAAGACGAGGAUACCUGCUUUGUCAUCGGCCCACUCUGCAAUGGGCCUGUUAGCUACCUCGACGACGUCACUGUCAACCUGAUGAAGAAGCCUCCCCCUUCACUGUCGUCAACCCCUUUCAUGCACCAGCCGCAGUCCCUCUUGAUGCAGCCCCAGGACACCAGACACACCAUACUGAGUCCCAUAUUAGAGAUGACGGGCGAGUCGAGAGGCAGCAGAAGCGGCAGUAGCAGCAGCAGUGGCGUCUCGACAGCCAGCAGCAAGGCCUUCAGCUUGUACUUGAAAACUCCUGGACAGUCGGUCGCUGCUGAAACUGAACAUCUGGUAGCGCCGGUGAAAUUGGAACUGCUAGAAGAGGAACCUGAGGAAAUAUCCGCAAGCAAGGAUAAGGACAGUAUGGGAAAUAUCAUCGAGGACCCUUGGAGUACACAACUGCAGCAACGCUUGGUUCCCUGCAUUGAAGGAAUCCUGUAUUACGAUGGCUCCAUGCCUGUUGCUCGGGCCAACCAAGCCUAUCGUUACGGAAAGAGAAGUUUGAAACUCAAGAAGGUUCUUGGAGAGGGCGCCUAUGGAAAAGUCUACAAAGCUGAGGAGCCAUUAGUCGUGAAACUCAUCACCAAAGACGUCACAGGAUGGGAGCUUCACAUCAGCAGAAGUUUGAGGAGGCGUGUUCCGUCUCAUUUGAUUGAACACUUCUGUGAGAUUUCAUCGGCUGUGAUUUACUCAAAUGGAACAAUCCUGGAAAUGCCGUUCAAAUCUGAAGUCACCCUGCUCAGUGCUGUCAACGCCAAACAGAACAUGUCCGAAGCCACCAAAUCGUACUUGUUGUAUCAAAUCCUGCUCAUCACCGAUGCUUUGAUUGACGCUCAAAUAAUCCACACUGACAUCAAACCUGACAACUUCCUGGUUGUUCCCAUCAGGCAUGGAUCGAAUUUCAAGUUCCAUCUUCAGCUGAUCGACUUUGGGCGUUGCAUCGACCUUUCGCACUUGCCCCCGGACGUCCAGUUCACUGCCUCACUGAAAGGAGAGAACAAGUGCGUUGCCAUGCGCAAUCAGCAACCCUGGCACUUUGAUCUGGACCUCUACGCCACCGCUGCGACUGCCCACGUGGUCAUCUUCGGCAAAUACAUGACCCUUCAUGACGUCAAGUCAGUUUGGAAGCCGACCUCUAAACCAAAACGCUUCUGGCAACUCGCAAACUUGUAUGAGAAGAUGCUGGAAGACUUGAUCAACCCUGCUGACGACGUCAAAAUGAAGAUUAAGUAUUAUUUGGAACAACUCGCGCAGCACGCUGCUGAGGACAAAGUCUUGGUCAAUGACGAGCUCUCUGCUGCAUCACAUGUAGACUAGAUUUGCAAUUAGGGCGAAUUUAUACUCUCGUCCGUCUUAACUCUCAUAUUAAAGGGGAUAAAAUUUUACUCCUUUCCAAUAGUGUGCUUGUGACUGAAACUUUCUUCAUUACUUGUAAAUAGCAUGAAUUUUAAAUGUGUUGUCAAUUUCAAUAAAAGAAAGCAAGUCUAAUUAUGUCAAUUUUAUUCUAAAUAAAAGUUCUAAAUGCAUCACAAUUA